GGGUGGGCCAAGCAAUGCCCAUUUAAAAAUAAGCUCAAUGUUAACGCGCUACUACCGCCGUGUUGACAUCUCAGGUCAGGUUUGAACUUUGAAGGAUUCCAGACCCAAACUGGGGCUGGGAAGGGAAAAAAACGAAAUCCGCGGCUUCAAUAUGGCUGAAAAAUCCUCUUAGCAUUUUAAGGAAGAAAUCAAAUCGUUGACGCGACAACUUUUCUUUAUAUUUUCAACUUCAUUUCGCUCAACUAAAACCGAUAAACAAUUCGAAUAUCCUGUUCUGAAUUGUAAUAAACAGAAACGCAGGAGCCGUAUAAUAUUCUCUUCCGUCCGGUUAAAUUGGACGAUUCGUUGAAGAAAUGGUCGGAUGGAAGGGAUCUAGAUCGGGCAGUGGUGGAUCGCCGACGGUAGAACAUGUUUCUUCUUCGCGUACCGUGCGGCUCGGUAAGGUUCAGCCACAAGCUCCCGGUUUUAGGACGGUGUUUUGCAAUGAUCGCGAAGCCAAUGCCCUCGCCAAGUAUAAGGCAAACUCUGUGUCGACUACAAAGUAUGAUGUGCUUACCUUUUUACCCAAAGGUUUAUUUGAACAGUUCAGACGGGUAGCUAACCUCUACUUCCUUAUGAUAUCGAUUUUGUCAUGCACUCCAAUCAGUCCUGUGAGUCCUAUAACAAAUGUUGUUCCUUUGAGUUUGGUGCUUCUUGUUUCUCUCGUAAAGGAGGCUUGGGAAGACUGGAAACGUUUUCAAAAUGACAUGUCAAUAAAUAAUACUCCUGUAGACGUCUUUCAAGAUAAGAAAUGGAUGAGUGUUCCUUGGAAGAAGCUUCAGGUUGGGGACAUUGUCAAAGUUAAACAAGAUGAGUUUUUUCCAGCUGACAUAUCGUUUCUUGCCAGCACAAAUCCUGAUGGAAUCUGCUACAUUGAGACAGCUAACUUAGAUGGUGAAACCAAUUUAAAGAUCCGAAAAGCUUUGGAGAAAACUUGGGACUAUAUGACUCCUGAGAAGCUCACUGAGUUUCAAGGUGAAAUACAAUGUGAGGAGCCAAAUAACUCUUUGUACACAUUUACUGGCAAUUUGAUAGUCCAAAAGCAAACCCUGCCCCUCAGCCCCAAUCAACUUCUUCUGAGGGGCUGCAGUUUGAGAAACACCGAAUACAUUGUUGGGGUUGUCGUGUUUACAGGCCAUGAGACGAAGGUUAUGAUGAAUGCUAUGAAAAUUCCUUCUAAAAGAAGCACUUUAGAGAAGAAGCUUGAUAAACUUAUUCUCACUCUUUUUAGUGUUCUCUUCUGCAUGUGCCUCUUGGGAGCAAUUGGAAGUGGGGUUUUCAUAGACCACAAGUAUUAUUACUUGCGAUUCGAAACUGGCAAGAAUGCGGACAUACAAUUCAAUCCUAACAAUAGGUUUGCGGUUGCUGCUUUGACUAUGUUCACCUUAAUUACUUUGUAUUCACCAAUUAUUCCCAUCUCUUUGUAUGUUUCGGUCGAGAUGAUAAAGUUCAUUCAAUCUACUCAAUUCAUCAACAAUGACUUGUGCAUGUACCACCCUGAGAGUAAUACUCCUGCACAAGCAAGGACUUCUAAUUUGAAUGAGGAGCUGGGUCAGGUAGAGUACAUAUUUUCUGACAAAACCGGAACUCUUACUCGAAACUUAAUGGAGUUCUUUAAGUGUUCAAUCGGAGGAGAGAUUUAUGGCACUGGUGUAACUGAAAUUGAAAUGGGCAUAGCACAGAGAAAUGGGGCUUCUGUACAAGUUCACCAGUCACAAAAUCCUGCACUAGAAAAAGGCUUCAACUUUGAUGAUGCUCGGUUAAUGCGAGGGGCUUGGAGGAAUGAAUCUAAUCCCGAUGCAUGUAAGGAAUUCUUCAGAUGCCUUGCAAUAUGUCAUACUGUACUUCCAGAAGGAGAGGAUUCCCCUGAAAAAAUCAGAUAUCAAGCAGCAUCGCCUGAUGAGGCUGCUUUGGUUGUGGCAGCAAAGAACUUCGGUUUCUUUUUUUGCAAGCGUACACCUACAAUGAUAUAUGUUCGUGAGUCUCAUGUUGAGAAGAUGGGAAAGAUUCAAGAUGUUCCCUAUGAAAUCCUGAAUGUACUUGAAUUUAAUAGUACAAGGAAACGCCAGUCUGUUGUGUGUCGAUUCCCUGAUGGCAGACUCGUGCUGUACUGUAAGGGUGCCGAUACUGUAAUCUAUGAAAGGUUGAUCAGUGGAGAUGGCGAAUUGAAAAGAAGAACCAGGGAGCAUCUGGAACACUUUGGAUCAGCUGGAUUACGCACACUUUGCUUGGCUUACAGAGACUUGAAUCCUGAUGCAUAUGAAAAUUGGAAUGAGAAAUACAUUCAAGCAAAGUCAUCUAUGCGAGAUCGUGAGAAGAAAUUGGAUGAGGUAGCAGAACUCAUUGAAAAGGAUCUAGUUCUGAUUGGAUGCACUGCCAUAGAAGAUAAACUUCAGGAAGGAGUGCCUACAUGCAUAGAGACACUUUCAAGGGCUGGAAUCAAGAUUUGGGUGCUUACUGGGGACAAAAUGGAAACCGCAAUAAAUAUUGCUUAUGCGUGCAAUUUGAUCAAUAAUGACAUGAAACAAUUUAUUAUAAGUUCAGAAACUGACGCAAUCAGAGAAGUGGAAGAUAAAGGUGACCAAGUGGAAAUUGCUCGUUUUAUGAAGGAUGCUGUAAAGAAGGAUCUUAAAAAGAGUUAUGAGGAAGCACAAGAGUACCUUCAUUCUGAAGCCAGGCCAAAGUUAGCACUUGUUAUUGAUGGAAAGUGUUUGAUGUAUGCAUUAGACCCAAGUUUGCGUGUGAUGCUAUUGAAUUUGAGCUUGAAUUGCAGUGCAGUGGUUUGCUGCAGAGUUUCUCCCUUACAAAAGGCACAAGUGACUAGCUUGGUUAGGAAGGGAGCUAAGAGAAUAACACUUAGCAUCGGAGAUGGUGCUAACGAUGUGAGCAUGAUUCAAGCUGCUCAUGUUGGUGUUGGAAUAAGUGGGCAGGAAGGAAUGCAAGCUGUGAUGGCUAGUGAUUUUGCAAUUGCUCAGUUUCGCUUUCUCACAGAUUUGCUCCUUGUCCAUGGACGGUGGUCCUAUAUGAGAAUCUGCAAGGUUGUGACAUAUUUCUUCUACAAAAAUUUGACAUUUACCUUGACUCAGUUUUGGUUUACCUUUCGCACUGGAUUUUCUGGUCAACGAUUCUAUGAUGAUUGGUUCCAGUCUCUUUACAAUGUUAUCUUUACAGCGCUUCCUGUGAUUGUUCUUGGGCUUUUCGAAAAGGAUGUUAGUGCAUUCCUCUCCAAAAAAUAUCCGCAGUUAUACAAAGAGGGCAUAAGAAACUCAUUCUUCACGUGGAGAGUAGUGGCUGUCUGGGCACUCUUUGCCAUCUAUCAAUCUGUAGUGCUGUAUUAUUGCGUGACUGCCUCUACUACCAAAGGUAUGAAUUCAUCUGGCAAGAUGUUUGGCCUUUGGGAUGUCAGUACGUUAGCCUUCACCUGCGUUGUGGUAACUGUCAACUUGCGGCUUCUUAUGAUGUGCAACACAAUCACCAAGUGGCAUCAAAUUAGUGUUGGUGGGAGCAUAUUGUUGUGGUUCAUAUUCAUCUUUAUGUACUCUGGCAUUGUAUUGCCGAAAGAUCAGAAGAACAUCUAUUUCGUCAUAUUCGUCUUGAUGAGCACACUUUAUUUCUAUGUCGCGCUGCUUCUUAUCCCUGUUGCUGCGCUCUUUGGUGACUUCUUAUAUCAGGGGAUACAGAGAUGGUUCUUCCCAUAUGAUUACCAGAUUGUCCAGGAAAUCCACAUGCACGAGGUUGACAGCUCAGGGGUGGGGCUAUUAGAGAUAAGAAACGAGCUCACGCCUGAAGAGGAGAGGAGCUAUGCCAUGAUGCAUCUCCCAGGACAGAAGUCAAAGCACACGGGUUUCGCCUUUGACUCACCCGGUUAUGAGUCAUUUUUCGCUUCCCAAGCCGGCGUGUUUGCUCCUCAUAGAGCAUGGGACGUUGCCCGCAGGGCAAGCAUGAAGUCACGCCCAAAGACGCCUCGGAGGACUUGACUGAUUCUUGUUGACUACGAUUCCUUACACCCCCCUUUUCUUGCAACUUCGGCAUCUGUUUUGGUUAAGGUGAAAUAGGUGAGAAAGAAACAAAGGGGGAAUAUACAUGAGAUAAAUGGAGAUACGCAGGGGAGAAAUGAAUAUCCUUCCAAUUUCUCCUAACAGCUUCUCUCUUUCCAAGCAACACACAAAAUUUAUCUAUCCCCUUUCAUGUCAUUAUCGCACAUUUCUAUCCUAAGCCAAACAAAUGAGGCAUACGGGGGUUAUAAUUUAGCCGUUUAGUUAUGGUUCUACAAAGUAUACUUUUAGUCUUUGAUUCUUUUACGUCUUCAUUGCUUCCCCUACUUGUAGAGUUGUAGUUGCGUUAAUUAAUGUAUGUAUUGGGUUAGCAACAGAGGUUGUAUAUUGUUUUAGAGAAGUGACACUGUAUAUCUAUAUGCUAGUGUUGUGGGACUGUACUGAAUUAGUAUUAGUACCAGACUUGAUAUAGCCUAUAGGUCAAACCUUACAGGCAGAUUUUGUAUCGUUUAAUUUACUAGUGUGAUAUGUUUGUGUGGAAAUAAUAUGGUUCCAAUGUGAUUUAAGGAGAGAAAUGAUAACGAAU